GAUGAGAGGAGUCACUGUGCUUCUACUUGCUCUACUGACAAGAGCACAGAACCCUUGCUGUAGAUCACUUAGCCUAAGAGAUGCUGAGAGACAAAAUGAAAAUAUUUCAGAGGACAAAGAUAUCAAAUUUAGCACAGCCUUUAAAUUUGCUCAUGUACUGGUGACAUGUAGAGGCUGCUUUGUAGAAAAAUGUCAAUCUACACUUAUGCUGAUCCUCUCUGUAGAAAAAUUUGAAGUGAUUACAGUGCAGGUUUUCAGAUGGCCAGUACUCUGCCUCUGUAAACUCCUGAACAGACAGAUCAUGGGUCUGGGUGAACAGCACACAUUGGAGCCCAACCAGACUAUUCUGGGCUUACAUAAGGUUGUCCAUCAGUCUUCAAGCUCUUGUUUAAUCGACUCUCAUGUGUGUCUCCUGUCCUUAAAAUAUACGGACAUUAACUUCUUGCAUGUCCAUAAAAAUUGUACAUUCGCAGACAAUGUCUGGACAAACACACUCCAACUAAUGUAUGAACUCAAUGUCAAAAAUCACACAGAAGUAAUGAUGUGCUUCCUCAAAGAGGAGCAGAUGAAUAUCACUGGGGCCUGGUUUAUGUCAACAAACUUCACUGAGGGAGACCUUCUGAAUGAGUCUAAUGUCCCUGGACUGACUUUGUUGUUACCAUGUGUGAAAGUUGCAGGAGCAGCAGUAAAAGCACUUAUCAGUGUCUUUCCCUGGCAGACAGAUCACUUGACCAUGCCUUCCUCGAUCUGUGUUUGUACUACUCUGUGCUGCAAGUGUGUACUGUCACUCCACAGAUCUUUGUGCAUGAUCUACCCUUUAAAUGGUGACAGCAGCACUGGCAAAUGCUGUACUGAAUUUUACCAGUUUAUACACAUAUGGAGAUGUUCACAGGACCAACAAAGGGAGUUAAAUCAGAUGGAUAAAAAUAGUUACAGAUCAUAUAUGCUCACCUGCAUGAGGAACAAAAAAGAUAUCGGUCCACUACAAUGGCAGAUCUGCACUCAACUACUCAACAGAGGCCUGUUUCAUCAGUGGAUUAUGGCAGUGCUGCUAAUGACUGUUUUCAUGUUUUUACUUGGUCAUACAGCAGUUCUGACAUAUAUAAGCUAUAAGCAAAGAUAUGUUUCUAUCCACAGAGUCAGGAAUUCACAUCUAAGUUUUCUACUGCUUUUUACAAUCUCAUGGUGCUCUUUGAAUCCACUUACUGUUAGUGGGCAAUCAAGUGGUUGUUCCUGCAAACUUCACAAUACAGCAUUUGGGAUCACUUUUGUCCUCUGUAUCUCCUGCGUUGUGGGGAAAAAAAUAGUGGUAUUAUUGGCCUUCAAAGCUACAAUCCCAGGCAGUAAUGUUAUGAAAUGGUUUGGGCCAUUGCCACAGAGACUCUGUGUUCCUGCCUGUACUCUCACAGAGAUCCUUGUCUGUGUGUUUUGGUUUUCAAUACAAUCCCUUUCGUUUAACAUGAGUAUGAACUGUAACCAAGUAAAGAUGACCCUCGAAUGUGAUUUGCUAACAGAUAUUGGUUUCUGUCCAAGUUUGGGUCACUUGGUGCUACUUGUUGUACUAAGAUUUAUUCUGAUGUUUCUUGUAAGUAGCAUAAUAUUUUCUGUGGCCUGUUACUCAGUGUUGAACGUCCAUGCAAUAAUGUGUGUCAUGACAAGAAUAUAAUUCAUUAUUAACUGUUAUUAGUGUUGACCACAGCGUUGACCACAGCAAUAUUAAGGUAUAGCUGGCCUGGUUUAGAGGAUCAGAUUCAAAUAUAAAAUAAAACAAUAUAAAGAUAUAUGGCCACAAAAUGCAUUACAAUAAAAACUAAUUGAAACUAAUUUCUUAGAUUCAAAUAUCGAAUGUAAAUGUAAAAAAAAAAAAAAAAAAACUUUAAAGAUGCAAUACUAGAAAAUUGCCAGUACAUUUUACUGGUACUGUAACUACA